UGAUUGUCUGAGACUUAAAAAGUCUUUUUCGGAACUUCGUCCUCACUCACCUUUAGAUUUGUACAUUUCAUCUUCCUGAAAAAAUGGCGCCUCGAGGGAUGCUUGAAAUUUUUAUUUUUGGUGGAAGGGGUCUUAAAAAUACAGACAAACCGGGUAAUAUAUAUUGCAUCGCCAGCUACAAAGAUGAGGAGAAUAGGACUGACCCCGUAGAAUGUGACAAUUCUGAUCCAGAGUGGAAUGAGAAAUUUCAGUUCACCAUAGCUGAUGAUGACAUUGAUGAUCUCAAGAUUCAGGUAAUAGACGAGGAUGAGAAUGGAAAUGAUGAUGAUCCUGGAUAUUGCAGUAUUUCAAUAGAAGGACUACUUGAGACGGGGUAUAAAGCGGAUAUUGGGGCGACUGAAUAUGAGGUAUUUAGGGGAGAUGAAGCCUAUGGAGAUAUUACCGUUUCCAUGGCUUUUUUUCCAGAGGAGAACAAUGAUGAUGAAGAACAGGAAGAUCAGGAAGAACAGGAAGAUGAGUGAUGAUAUGGUGGAUCGAAAGAAUACGCAUACCAGUACUUAUUGCUUAGUGGUCUGAUGUUUGUAAUUUUACUCGAUACAGUAACUAUUUAUGUUUAUAGAAAUGGAAUAAAGGGUGUGUGAAGAAUAAAGCGUGGGAGGUUUCAGCUGUUCAAUCACUAAUACAUUUUAAUAAUAAGUCUCUUGAGGGAUUCUGCUUAA